AUGAGCGCCAGAGCGUCGGGCUCGCGCGGCGACGCUGGCAACAAUGGUCGACCAUCAGCAAACCGUUUCGCCAACCGUCGACAAGAGCGUAUGCGUGGUGCCGGUACAGCUGUCGCAAUGCAGCGAGACUUUCAGUUCAAGCUGCCGCCUAGCCGAACUCAGACCGCUGCUGCCACUUCGACUCUCGGCGGCAAUGCAGAUGCUUCCACUUCAACAGAUGGCUCAUUGACAAAGCGCAGGCCAGGUAGACCAAGAGGAUCAGGUCCGAAACAAAAGGCUGCCGCUGCAGCUGCCGCAGCGGCUGCAACUGCGGUUGCAGAAACAUCGUUCGACGCAAGCUCCUCUUUCAACGCAUUUUCACCGCUGCCAAUACACGAUGAUGCGGUGCCUUACUCUCCUCACAUCGACGCAUCCGGCAGCAUGGGGUCGGGCCGACGUGCAGCAAGGUCGCGGCAAUCGGGACCCGUUAGCAGCACACCCGCUCCAUUGCGCAUUCGCAAAGCAGGCCACAAACCGCUAUCGAUGUCCAACAUUGAUCCGUUGCUUCUGGGCGACCAGGAUGACGAGCUGGGCAGUCAGCUUGGCGGUGACUUUUCAGGCUCUGGCGCCGGUGCCAGUGUCGGUGGCAGUGGUUCGGGUGGAAGCAUGGAAGUAUCGACAGGAUGGGACGCCGGUGGAAUGGACCUCAAUGAGAACGCGUCGCUGGCCAUGACCCCGUCGCCGGCUGCAUCUGCGUCGCACGUCGAUACUUCCGUGCGUCGUAUGCGUCCAAGUAUCGGUGGUACCAGCGUGUCUCGCCUCAGCAUAGCAUCCGACCCGAAUUCGCCAGCUGGGCGUGCUGCACAACGCAAGCUGGACGCGCGUCAACGUCGUCGGCAAGGCAGUCCCGACAAAGAAAGGCUGUACGAACAGGCAGCUGCCACAGCUGCCGCCGCCAAACGGCGAGGUCGACCACCCAAAUCGUCUUCCUCUCGACGUGAGCGCGUUCAGAUUCCCUCAGAACUCGCAGAUGAGACCGUCAUGGAUCGAACCAUGGUGGAACGGCAACGAGGUGACGCAGCUGCUCAAGCCUCGGCACGAGCAGCCCGACCGGAACGUGACAUGCAAAAACGUCUCAAGCGAGCCCUCUCGCUCGUGUUUUCCGCCUCCGAAGAUGCUGAUGAUCCCGACGCAUCUUUGCGCACUACCAAAAAGCGCAAAUCCGGCAAAUACCUUAACGAUGUCGACAUCAUUUGGUCCAUUGUCGAUGACGAACUUCGCAGCGCUAUCGAAGAGCAACCUGCAAAAGCGCCUUUCCUCGCUCUCAAGUCGCUUCGUAAAAGUGUGAGGUCCAAUUUCCUCAACUUGAGCGAAAAAACUGACAACCGUACCACGCUCAUCUCUCAGCUGAUCAGAGCAAGAAGGCAGAAACGCUUAUUGAGAAAGGAGGUGUUCGCCAAGCGAAGCGAGUUGGCCAAGCUCACCCUAGAGGCCAAGGAGAGGCAGAAGGAGAUGGAUGAUUGGGCCAAAGAGGUGGCUGAGGUCAGAAGGGUCAAUGCGUUUUUACUCAAUUUGCGACAUCAGGCUACUGCCUGGACCUGA